AUGGCAAGAGGUAGACCUCCUGGAACCAAGAAUAAGUCAAGUCAUUCCGCUGGAGGAGACAGAAGAUCUUCCAAGUACAAGAAGCAACAGGCAGCAAAACAAGCAAGAGGACGACAGCACAUAGCUGAUGCAUUUGCCAACGCCAGACGACAGCAAUUGGAAACUCCCCAAUGGAAAGAGCACCCCUUGUCAAAGAAUAACUUCGAAGCAUCACAAAAGCUGCUUGCCAAAGUGCUUGAUCAUCCUUCAAUGCCCAAAGGAAAAUCAGUGCCGACCAGAGGAAUCAUUGACCAGAGAAGCGACAAUUGGGAUAUCAGCUAUGACAUUCCAUCUACUACCAAUGAAGAAGAGAGCGAUGGGUUCUAUAGAAGAGUAUUAAUACCUCCUGCUGGCACACCAUUGCGAACAUACCUUGAUGAGGCAAAGGCACAUAUAGAGAAAAAUGAGUUCUGGAGAAGACGCCAGUACUACGUGACGGGAUCAUCAUCAAAGAAACGUUGA